AUGUCAUCCUCUCCAUCCAUACCAACUCUCUCCACCAAGACAGCCUCGCGUAGUGCUGGCAAUGGCAUGGGAAAUGGCCUAUUCGCAACAGGCGACAUCAACACUGGCGAGAACGUGCUGCAUGUCAAAUCGCCCUUUGUGGCUGUUCUCGAUACGCCCCGUCUAGAGGAUACAUGCUCUGCGUGCUUUGGGAGGAGGCAACUAGAUGGCGUUACUGAGUUGAAGGGGUGUACAGGGUGUCGAGUUGUCAAGUAUUGUGAUAGGACCUGCCAAGCAAAAGACUGGAAAUUUGCACAUUCCAUCGAAUGCUCCAUUUUCCAGACUCAAAAGCCGAAGAUUCUACCGAACAAUGCGCGGGCCAUAUUGCGCAUGGUGCAUCGUGCCCAGCGGCACAAGUAUCAUUCUGAGGAGAUGGAUCUCUUCUCGAACCUCGAGACUCACCUUGCUCAGAUCCAGCAGGAUGAAGAGCAUAUAGGUCGGAUUACUAUGAUCGCAAAGGCUGUUAAAGCGUGUGCUAAAGCUGAUUUGGAUGAGGAUGCUAUUGCGCAAUAUGCUGCGAAGCUGGAUGUCAACUCUUUCAAUCUCACAACAUUCACCUACGACCGCGUCGGACUCUACAUGCAUCCCUACGCAGCACUGAUCAACCACAGCUGCGACUUCAACGCCGUCGUCGGAUUCGAUGGUGACGAGCUCUUCGUCAAAGCCAUCCGGCCAAUCAAGAAAGAUGAACAGAUCUUCAUCUCCUACGUCGACGUCACGAAUCCCACCUCCCAGCGCCGGAAGGAGCUAUCAGAGAGAUAUUUCUUUGACUGCUACUGUCCCAAAUGCACGGCCGAAGAAACCGAGAUCCGCGAGACAUCUGAACAGCUUCGCCAGGAAGAAACAGACGCUCUGGAAGCAGCACAGAAACAAGCCGCAGAACUCUUCCAAAACCCCACCACAGACUCAGAUGCGUCAUCCGAAACAAUUGAAAAGCUCGAACGCUUCCUACACAUCUUCCACGAAACGACCAUCUGGCCUCUCCACCGCCAACCCUACCCCUCCAUCCGAGACUCAUUGAUCCUCUCCCUCUUAUCCGCAGGAAACUUCCCGCGAGCGUUCCUCCACGCUGCAAUCCGGUACACAAAAAUAGACCCCCAGCUCUACAGCGAUGCUCAUCCAAUGCGCCACCUGCACGCCUGGGUCGUGGCAAAACUAGCUAUUUACCUCUCACAGGGCUACCAGCCCACUCCCCAAGACUUCAAGGAUCCAAUCCCGCUGCACGAGUUCGGGUUCAAUUUCCACUAUAUCAUCUGGUACGUCCUGGCAGACUUGACUAGUAAGCAAGUGGAAAGCUGCACGGUGCCUAGCUUUAAGAAGCUUGUUGUUUCGAAUUUUGCGACAGUUGAUGAGGAGUUUAAAAGGAAUGGUAUUGAUCCGAGGAAUGCCAAGGGUGCCGUUUCGGCGGAGUGGACGAAGUUUGAGGCGUUGGUUAGGAGGGCUUUGGAGAAGGAGUAG